CAAUAGUAUGUAUUAUGUGUAGACGUCAUUAUUUAAAUUUUAUUUUAAAUUUUGUGAUCUUAGCAAUUCUAUAUUUUAUUUAAAGUGGACUGUCCAGAAACGAACGAUGGCGCCCGAAGAAACUAUAGAAAAGCUUAUUCUUUUAGGCCUAAGUGAACAAAAGGCAAAGGAAACCUUAAAAAACGCGAAAGUUACUAAGUUUCUACUUGCCGCAUUGAGUGAGGUAAAUAUUGGUAAUAUACCAACCGGCUCUGGCUUGCUGCUCUACCAUCUGGCUACAAAAAUAAAGCCUCAAAUUGAAAACAGACUGCCGUUGAUCUGCAAAUAUGUAGCUAACGGAAAGUUAGAUUCCACCUUGAGGGUUGAUGCAGCGUUGGAUUAUUUAUUGAGUCACAUCAAUGAGGAAAAUAUAAACUUGGGUGAAUUUGAGGAAUUUUGUGGAGUUGGUGUGUCAGUAUCACCUGAACAGGUAGAGAGAGCAGUCGAAAAGCAAAUGGAAAAAUAUAAAAAGGAGCUGAUAGAAAAAAGGUACCGGUUUAAUUCAGGUGUAAUUAUGCAAGCAGUUAGAGCUGAUCUUAAAUGGGCUGAUGGAAAAGCUAUUCAAAAUGAAGUUGCAGUCCAGAUUUUAGAUUUACUAGGUCCUAAAACAGAAACUGAUUUGGCGCCACCACCUAAGCCUGAAAAGAAGUCCAAAAGUGUGGAUAGCAAUAAAAAAGUUAAAGAAGAACCCCAAGGCCACAAAGAAUCUCAGGUAUCUGCAGCUUCUGGUGAUAUUGGAGGUGCAACAUCUAUGCCAGAACUAAUGAAAAAAUUACCUUUUCAUGCACCUGGUGAAAACUAUAGGACAGAUGGUUAUAUUGUAACACCGAACACAAAGAAGUUGAUAGAAGAACAUCUUAAAAUUACAUCUGGUAAAGUGAGGACCAGAUUUCCUCCCGAGCCUAAUGGUAUUCUUCACAUAGGCCAUGCUAAAGCUAUUAAUAUAAACUUUGGGUAUGCUGCAGCUCAUGAUGGUAUUUGCUUCUUGAGAUAUGAUGAUACAAAUCCUGAGAAAGAAGAAGAAAAGUUCUUUGUUGGUAUCAAAGAUAUGGUGGAGUGGUUAGGCUACAAGCCAUAUAAAAUUACGCAUUCCUCCGAUUAUUUUGAUCAGCUAUAUGAAUGGGCUGUAAAGUUGAUUAAUAAGGAUCUGGCAUAUGUGUGUCAUCAAAAGUCUGACGAAAUUAAAGGCUUCAAUCCUCCCCCCUCGCCUUGGAGAAAUAGGCCUGUUGAGGAGAGCCUUCAACUGUUUGAGGAUAUGAAAAAUGGUAAAAUUGAUGAAGGUGAUGCCACGCUGAGAAUGAAGAUUACUUUAGAAGAGGGUAAGCAAGAUCCUGUGGCAUACAGAAUAAAGUUCAAGCCGCAUCACCGGACUGGCAACAAAUGGUGCAUCUACCCCACUUAUGAUUACACUCAUUGCCUAUGUGAUAGUAUCGAGAAUAUCACACACUCACUGUGUACUAAGGAGUUCCAGUCAAGGAGAUCCUCAUAUUACUGGCUUUGUAAUGCAUUAGACAUAUAUUGCCCAGUUCAAUGGGAGUAUGGAAGAUUGAACGUUAACUAUACAGUUGUCUCUAAGAGAAAGAUUGGAAAACUCAUUGAAGAAGGUAUUGUUAAAGAUUGGGACGACCCUCGUCUAUUCACCUUGACGGCUCUUCGGCGCCGCGGUGUGCCGGCGGCGGCCGUCAAUACGUUCUGUGCGGCUCUCGGCGUCACCGGCGCCGUGGGGGCGGUCGACCCCACCAUGCUGGACGCGGCGGUACGCGAUGUACUCAAUGUCACUGCUCCCAGAGUUAUGGUUGUCCUUGAGCCGUUGAAAAUUACCGUUACUAAUUUCCCGAGUGAUAAACCGAUAUCGAUACAAGUGCCAGACUUCCCCAACGAGCCGGAGAAAGGUUCGCAUAACGUCGUGUUGGAUAAAGUACUUUACAUUGAAGCAACGGACUUUAAAGAAACUCCCGAGAAAGGUUACCGACGCCUCACACCAACGCAGUCAGUGGGCUUGCGACACGCUGGAUAUGUGUUAAAGGUGGCGAAGGUAAUUAAAGAUAGAGCAGGCAAUAUCAGUGAGGUAGAAUGCACCGCGGAGUCAACAGAAUCAUCUGAAAAACCGAAAGCGUUCAUACACUGGGUAUCUCAACCCAUCACUGUACAAGUUCGUCUAUACGAGCCACUGUUUAAACACAAAAACCCAGAAGACCCAGCAGAAGUUCCAGGUGGGUUUCUGUCCGACUGUCGCGAGGAUACCUUGAAGACAGUAGCAGCUUUUGCUGAUGCAUCCAUCAAAGGCGCUGAAGUACUUGACAAGUUCCAGUUCGAAAGAAUCGGUUUCUUUUCUGUAGAUAAAGACUCAAGCUCAACAAUGAUGGUAUUUAACAGAACCGUUUCGCUUAAAGAAGAUUCUGGAAAAUAAAUAGGUUUAUAAAUAAAUUAUGUAUGAAAUCCAAGGCUUGUUACGAAUUU